GCAAGGAGCAAAGUCCAGGACUCAGGAAGGGGCCCGGAGGGUUCUGGGGACAGGGGGCAGAGUCAGGACUGUGUCCCCAGAUCCAUGACACCACGAGGAGGGCCAGUACCUGCCCCGGGGGACAAUAAAGGGGGACAGAGGAAAGGAGGAGACCAGCCCUCAAAAGAAGACCCCAAAGGGAGGGAUCAGAGCGGAUCCCCGUGGAUUCUGCUCUGUCCCUGCAGAUCCAGUGCCCGCCCAGCUUGGGGGGUCCCGGCUUUGGGGGGGGGCCCUGCCCUGUGUCCCCCCCCUUCCUGCCCCAGUGGCCCCCCCAGGAGGAGGAAGAAGAGGAGGAAGAGGAGGAGGAAAGGAGGAGGAGAAGGAAUGGCGGCACCGUGGCGGGCGAGUCUCCUGGCCUGCGAGGGGCUCUCGGGCGUCUGCCUCGUCCCCACCGUCGCCAGCAAGAAGAUGAUGCCCAAAUCCGGCGGGAAACAGGAUGGGAGCCGGGAACGGGGCUCCAGCCCUGACCUCCUGUCCCUCCGCCAGGACCCUGACAAGCCCCGUGCCCACAAGGACGACGAUGCUCCUGAGGCCUCCAACCCCAAGAAAUCCAUGAAAAAGCGCCGCAAGCGGGUUCCCGGCGCCGAGGGACUGCAGAGCUCCUCCCGCCGAGGAUCCCAGAUGGUGGUGAUUGAGCAAAACGGCUCCUUCCAGCUCAAGAAUUUCAUCUGUGACCACUGUUUUGGCGCCUUCCGGAGCAGUUACCACCUCAAACGGCACAUCCUCAUCCACACCGGGGAGAAGCCAUUCGAGUGCGACAUGUGCGACAUGCGCUUCAUCCAGAAGUACCACCUGGAGCGACACAAGCGGGUGCACAGUGGGGAGAAGCCCUACCAGUGCGAGCGCUGCAUGCAGAGCUUCUCCCGCACGGACCGGCUGCUCCGACACAAGCGCAUGUGCCAAGGCUGCCAGACCAAGACCCCUCCCGACUCCCAGCUCCUGCUGUGAAAAUCGGGAAGUUCAGGGGGUGUGGGAGGGGGGUGUUUCCUCCCACACCCCCCCACAUCACCAUGCUCUGCCUCACCUGGAUUUCUCAGCCCCUCUAAGGAUGGGGAAGAACCCAAGUGCUGCCAGUGUGGAAAAACCUGGAUCGUUCCUACCCUCCAGCCUACAAACUUGGAUUAUGAUCCCAAAAAUCCUCUUGGAAUCUUCGAGUGCCCCCCCCACCAUCAUUAUACCCCUAAAUCCACCCCUCCCCCUCUUAGGAAGGACUGGAAACCCCCAAACUGCCCAAAAUCCUGGCGGAUCUGAGAUACCUGUGCACAGGUAGGAGGGUCCCACUGGGAAUAGCAGUAUCAAUCCCUGUCUUCUUUGGGAAAAGGAGGAAAACUGAAGAUGUUGGGGGUGCUUCAGCUUGGGGGGGGGGCACCCCCAUUAUUUGUUUUUGGAAAAUAGGAAAAAGGAAUUU